UAUAUAUGUCCUGUCUCAAGCCAAUAUUAUUCUUUUGGCUGAUAAUAUUGCUUUGUGCUAAAUCCAAAUCCAUAGUGUUUAUUAAUUUAAAUCCCCAAGGAGAAGAAAGAAGAAGAAAUGGCAAGGCGUCCUUGCAGAGGACCUUGACUAUUUCAGGCCCUGGUGAUCAUAGCCUCCAGCACUGGAUGUUCCUUCAGCAGAAACCGGCCAAACAAAGCCAUUUGUCCAGAGAACAGAACAGACUGUUUGGUUUCAAAUUCCACACUUGAUGACUCAUGAUUCCGGAAGAUUUGAAAAUAAAGACAGACCAAGAGAUGUAACUGCCAUCUCCAAGAUUUCAGUUACAAUGCUAGCAGCGGUGCUCAGCUUCUUCCUCCUCCUCUUCCUCAGCCCAAAUCUUGCUGAUGAUACAGUGGCAGAGGACAUUGGACCUCACCAGCUGGAGCGGCUGGUGGAGCUGCUGACAGCUCAUGAGUGUGAGGAGCUCAUCUCUGCCAUAUCUCAACCUGAGGAGAGCAUCUUCAAACACUUAGACCGACUAUCUGCAGAAAGGAACCAGUUACUGCAUUCAAGAAGACGCAGAAACACAGAACAGAAGGACCCCUGUCACUCAGCGCUUAAGGACUGGCUGCAGAUUCACGGCAAGCAGAUAUACUAUGACAGGCUGUCUCGUGCACUGCAACAGAUCGGCAGGACUGACAUUGCCAUAGAGGUGGGUAAGAACAUCAACCAGGACAAAACUCUUGCUAUCCAGAGAUAUGUGGACGGCUAUCAUGAACUUGUUAACCAAAUGGCCACUCACCUGGAGAAGCAUGCAUCCGAAAAUCAUGAAGACCAUGAGGAGGUGCUACAUUACUCUGCAAAACAGGCCAAAGAGUUCACUUGGAAAGAUGUGGACUUGGUGGUGAAAAGGCAACCAGUACCACCUUAUCAGCCCCAUCUGCUAGACAGAGUAUGGCCUCUACUUUACGGCCUCCUGCUUGGAUUUGCUGGCGCAGUACUCAUAAGCGUGGCCGUCUUGCUUAUUAGCAUAUAUGUAUCCCAUGGCAACAGAACCAAAUCCAAGGCCAAGUAUCAACGCCGUCGCUGUCCCCUUCUCAGUGUUGUGACAUCAUCAGAGAUACGCCACCCAGAGGACACACGCAGACAGAGUAACGGAUGUUCAGGACACUAAUGAAGCCAUGUUCAUCAGUAUAAAACACAAUAUUAAAUGUGCCUUUGAUGGCUGAUCAAA